AUGUUUGUCGAAACGUCAGUGUUCGUUUAAACAAUUUGUGUUCGGUACUUUGUAAAUUGUUUUAUGUCUGAAUCCGUCUGACCUCAAUUUUUCCAUUUGUUCUCUGGAUUUUCUGUAGACAAAUAAUUGUCUUUUUAUUUUCCAAUGAAAUUAUCAAAUGCUUAUAACUUCACACCACUCGUGUCAUUUUUGUGAUAAGACAAUUGAUGAAAACACUUCAUAGGCUUCUGAAAUAUUUGUGGUCAGUCAGUUUGCACAAAAGAUAACAAUUUUUUUUUGUUCAAAUAGCGAGUCGACAGAUCAAUUGCAGGUACACACUAAUCGAAUUCAGUUCUAUUUUUCUUUUCUUUUUUUCUCUUUUAUUGGAAAGAAUUCCACAAAAUUGCAAUGAAUUGUCUUCCAUAUUUCUGCACUGGCCCAAUUGUAAAGGGUUUUGGCCGAGGCUCCAAAGAAUUAGGAUGCCCAACAGCCAAUGUUCCAUUGGAGGUCGUGCAACAAUUACCAGAUGAACUACAAACGGGAGUUUAUUUCGGUUGGGCAAGCAUUGAAAACGGUGACGUUCAUAAAGCUGUACUUAGCAUCGGCUGGAACCCAUUUUAUAACAACAAAGAAAAGUCUAUGGAAGCACAUAUAAUCCAUAAGUUUGAUGAAGACUUCUAUGGAAAGCAGAUGAAGUUAUGUAUUUGUGGCUACCUAAGACCUGAAACAAAUUUCGACUCAUUGGAUGCGUUGAAAGCAGCCAUUAAUGAAGAUAUCAAAAAUGCCAAGAGCCAAUUGGACACCGAACAAUUUACCAACUACAAGUUCAACGAUUAUUUCAAACAAUGAUAUGUAAAUUUGAGUGAUUUGUUGUACUUAAUUAUUUACAAUGUUAAUUAGCCAUUUUUAAUGUAUCAGACAAAUUGUUUGGCAAAUUAAAUGCACAUAUUUGUAACAAUGA